CGGCUCCGUCCCCUACCUGUGCCGCCGCCCGGCUCCUCCUGCCGCAGCCGUAGGGGUGGAGCUAAACCCGGGAGCAGCCGGGCGGAGGGACGCUCGGCGCAGCGAAGACGCUUCGCGGGCAGCCAGGCUGGCGGGUAGAAUGGCUCGUGUUUUUGUGUAUGGAACCCUUAAAAAAGGCCAGCCCAACUACCAGCACAUGAUAAAUGGUACCCAUGGGAGAGCAAGAUUCCAAGGCAGGGGACGCACUAUGGAGAAAUACCCUUUGGUGAUUGCAGGAAAAUAUAACAUUCCUUUUUUGCUGAACAUCUCAGGAACUGGACACCAUGUUACUGGAGAGAUUUAUUCUGUUGAUGACCAGAUGCUGCAAUUCCUUGAUGAAUUUGAAGGUUGCCCAGACAUGUAUCAACGUACUCCAGUGAGAAUUGUAGUAGUAGAGUGGAAAGGUAAAAGCAGUGCACCUGAAGAGAGGCCAGCUGUUAACAGCAUUAUGGAAUGCUUUGUGUACAGCACAACUACCUACCAGCCAGAGUGGAUAAAUCUCCCUUACUAUGACAACUAUGAUUCCUUAGGGAAUCACGGUCUUCAUUAUGUGCUACGUGAAAGUAGAGAUUAAAAAUGAAAGGUAACAAAAUGUAUUAAGAAAAUGCACUAAACACGUGUUGAUCACAAGCCUCUCUCAAGUAAAUCUACAAUACUUUUAUUGAAGCACCUAAGACCUUUUGUAACCUUUCUAACCACAAAAUCAUUGAUUCUAACAUUAUUACCAUAGAGAUACAGACUCUAAUGCCAAGCCUGGGAAAAUUUUACUUGUUCCCUUGGCCAAGAUGAAUAAUUGUUUUUGAUUAGUGAGUAAAAUACUUUAGGUUUUUUCUUUCUUUUGUAAAAUCAAGGUAAAAGGGCAGCUGAGUAGAAAGGUUCUUCACACUAACUGUUAAAGUUUCAUGUCAUGUUUGUAAAACUGGUAAAACAGUAGUGCUACUGCAAGAUAAUGAAAUAUGGCUGAUUUCAGUAUAUUGGAAAAACAGCCCAGAUUACUGCAUGACAAUCCUCAGUCAGUAUCUGUCUCAAAAGAAAACAAUUACAUCUAUGUCAAGUGAUAGAAAUAGUAGUAAAGAGAAUUAGAAAAUCCUGAAAAUAGAAUGAACUUCUCUCUGUGUGGUGUAACAAAUUGUGCCGAAUUUUGUCUCUUAAAGCUAACUUGAUUGUAACAAUUGUUUGUAAGAUCCACUGGGUUUAUAACAUGUAUUAGGAUAAAAUCUUGGGAAUGUA